UGCCUGUUACGCUUUCGUUCUCGUGCAGCACGACGUCCGUGGCGAAGCGCCUGAGUUGUCUGGCUACAUCGACCCCGCUUCCCGGCCGUCAUGGAGCCUAAGAAGACGGGCCCGAAGCACAAGCCUGUCAAAGGAAGUGGCAAGAAUUCGUCCGUGAGCUCGAUCCACAGCGUCAUGGAACAACUGGAUCAGUAUGAAAAGAGUGUCCUGGACCGUACAAGGAAGUCUGACAUGACGAUACCUGUUGUCGGCGGCAUGACCCUGUCGCCAUCGCGAUCACGGCAGAAACUCAUCAAACAAUCGAAUUCCAAAGCAGAUUUGGCACUGCCGCAUGCCCACCAGCACCACGCGACGACACCUCUCCCACCGAACACCCCGACUGCUCUAAAGACCUUGGAUCUGGUGCAGUAUCUCGAGCAAGCAGUUCCCCACAGUGCGAUCCUCGACCAACAACCGUUCACACGGAGCUAUCUCCCCCUGCGUCUCUUCUCCGAUACGUCCGACACCUCCGCCCAGGAGUGGAUUCGGACCGGACCGAAGAAGGCCGUGGGCCUCAGUGUGAACGAAGAAACGGGGGUGGUGGGCAACUGGUCCAACUGCACUGUCACAGCGUUUGAUGCCAAGCUCGACAUGUUUGUGGUGUCGUGGAUGGCGGGCGGUCGCAUCGGCCCCCCUCUCGUUCCCCGCGUUUAUUUGUGCUUUGAAGUGGAGUCGCAUCAAGGGUUUGUCGCCCGAUUACAUGAAUGCGUCCGCCGCCGCCGAGAAUCCGAAGCCCGCCUAAGAUUUUCCCUCUACGUUGAGAGCAUGCCCAACGACGUUGAAGCCCAACUCGACUCGGACCGAGUCAACAGCAUCCUGUCGUACACUCUGUCGUCGUCGCGGCUGUCCUCAAAUGCCCGCACAUCGAAGUUGCUCGAGGAAGUCAACGAAGAGUACAUGCGGACCAUGAACACUCUGAUCCUUGAAACCAAUUUGGCUGACGUGCAACUCGAAUUCCCCAUGCUGUUGUACCCGACCCGAAUGCCGCCGCGACCGCCUCCCGAGCGCGGGGUCGUCUCCGUCGCGUGCUACGAUUACAACGAUCGUUUCAUCUGCGCAACCCGCGACUCGUUUUUGAGCUCGUUGCCAGCCAUUCGCGCCCUCUUGGACGUUCGACACUAUUCAAACAACAUCAUGAGCCAAAUGUUGUUGAAGACCGAGCAAGCGGUCGACUUAAUGGACGGCGCGCGCGCGGCGCGAUCGGUGGUCGUGGUGGACUUUGUCACGACGCAAAACCAAGUCAACCAAAACGCGAUGCGAUUUCUGCGAGACAACUGGACGCGUGCCGCGGCCAAGGCGAUUCAAGUGCACAUGGGCAGCACGGACGUCCCGGGACUGUACAACUUGACCGAAAGCCAUCGCAACUUGUACGAUGGCACGUGCCUGCAACGAAUUCUCCGCCGCGUCAACUUUAUGGCGCAGGAUGCGCUGCGAAACUUGCUCUACCACACGUUCCACGCGUACGCGGCGUUUCUCGAACACAUGUGCGCCAAAACCGUCGUGAUCCGGGACACGAACGACGUCGACGUGUCAUAUUCGGACGAAACACUCAAGACGUGCAACAACUACACGCCGCUGUUCAAGGUCGACGUGGUGGUGUCGGCGGAUGUGAAGGUGCUCAACCAAGACGCGAUCGAUGAACGUCAAGCCAAGAUCAAUGCAUGGCACGAAGACAACAAAGACGACAGUGAAAAGUGCCCGAUUGACCCGGUCGAGUCAGUCGAAGGACACGAUUUCGAGUACGCCACGCCCCCGUCGGCGUUCCUCGAGGCCGCGACGUCCCAAUUCGACACGGUCUUGUCGCGUGUAAAAGCGCUGGAGCUCAUCGAGCGCCUUGUCAUGGACCGCUUGUUCUGGCCUCAGCAAGAUUGCAUCCAGUGCAUUGACGUGACGGAAGAGUGGGUGCAGAACCUCAUACGCCGUGUCCAGGAGUGCUUGACCGCGGCGCUGGCGCCCAUGGAAGACUACCAUCGCAUCAUCAGCAAGUAUGUGCCGCUGCUCAACUUGAGUGUCGCCGACUACCUCGGAGGGCUGGUGAAGACGCCCGAGCCCAAAUCGAAGGAGGAAGAUGCAGACGCGACCGAAGUCGACGUGACGCCGCCGAUGGAACUCAACGAGCUGCGCCGGGUGAUCCAAAAACACCGCGACGCCGAACGCAUGAUACUCAACUGUAUUCCCGCGCAACCGAUCAACCUCGGCAUUGUGUCGGUGGACGUCUCCAACAUUCGCACGAUUCUAGCCAAGAAGCACAGCGAAAUCCACACCAAGUUGCUCGAGACUCAAGUGAGCUACUGCUACCGCCUGUCGACCAAACUCACGGGCAAUUUUGAAGAGAUCAACGCCAACUUGGCCGUCACGCCCAAGGACGUCGAAGGGUUGACGCAAUUGCAAGAGUACAUUGCGAGUGUACCUGCCGCGAUCCAACCGCUUCAAGACGAGAUCCGCGUCAUGCUGUCCAACAACGACUUGGUCGACGAGUUUCAGUUUAUGGUGUCGGAUGACCACCUUCGGUUGAAGUGGAACGUGCUGGGGUGGCCCACCCGCAUUGCGACCCAAAGCGCUCGGUUCAAGUGGGCACUCGAAGAGCGAAAAGUCAAGUUUGCCAAGCAAAUGGAGGCCGAACAGGACCGAUUUGAAAAAACAUUGAGCUCGCUCGUCGAAGAAGUCGACGCGUUUUCGCGGUACGACAACUUGAGCCACGUCGAAGACAUUGCGCACCACGCCAUGUCGGUGCAAAAGAAACUCGACCAGGCGACGCAGGACGCGGCCGUGUUCAACUCGCGCGAAACGUUGUUUGGGAAGGAAGUGACGGCGUACGACAUGCUGGCGGUCGCCAAGAAGAACUUUGAGCCGUAUAACAUGCUCUGGUCAUCGUCGUACAACUGGAUUCAGUCGCGAAAGCAGUGGACGCAGGGCAGCUUCACGGACGUCAACGCCGACGAAAUCGAAAAGGCGGUCGACACGUACGGGACGUCGAUCCAGAAAGCAGCCAAGUUCUUCUCGAACAGCGGCAACGACGCAUGUGCCAAGAUCGCGGACACGAUCAAAGAACAAAUCAACGUGUUCAAACCGUACGUUCCGCUCAUUGUGGCGCUGCGAAACCCGGGGAUGCGUCCGCGCCACUGGAACGAACUCAGCCGCGUGCUUGGGUUCACCCUCGAAAUGGACGAAAGCUUCACGUUGAACUCGAUUUUUCGCCUCAACUUGCUCGACCAGAUCGAUGACAUUGUCAAGGUCAGCGAAGCGGCCGGCCGCGAGUACCAAAUUGACGUGGCGCUGACAGCCAUGAAGAAACAGUGGGAAACCAUCGAGUUACAGAUCAUUCCGUAUCGAGAGACCGGCACGUACAUAAUCAAAGGCGUCGACGAGAUCCAAAUCGUGCUGGAUGAGCACAUCACGAUGACGCAAGCGAUGAUGUUUUCGUCGUUCAAAGGACCGUUUGAGGAGCAAAUCACGGAAUGGAACAUAACGUUGCAACUCGUGAGCGAAGUCCUGGAAGAGUGGCUCGCCGUCCAGCGAUCGUGGCUGUACCUGCAGCCGAUCUUUGAAUCGCCCGAUAUCAACAAGCAACUGCCGCUGGAAGGGAAGCGCUUUGCGUCCGUGGACAAGAACUGGCGCCAGACACUGAGUUCGGGCAAGACGAAACCGAGGGCAGUCGAGUUUUGCAACUCCCCCAAGCUGCUCGAGAAAUUCAAAGAGAGCAAUGUGUUUUUGGACAUGGUGCAAAAAGGAUUGAGCGACUACUUGGAGGUGAAGCGGUCGAGCUUUGCGCGAUUCUACUUUUUAUCGAACGACGAGCUGCUCUCGAUUUUGUCCGAGUCGAAAGACGUCAAGCUCGUGCAGCCCCACUUGAAAAAGUGCUUUGAAGGGAUCGUAAAGGUCGAGUUCCAAGAAGACUUGACGAUCACGGCCAUGAUCUCGGCCGAAGGCGAGCAAGUCCACAUGCACGAACCCAUUGACCCGAACGGCAAGAACGUCGAGUUUUGGAUGUUGGAAGUCGAAAACAUGAUGCGAACGUCGAUUCGAGACAUCAUGCACCAAGCGAUCCUGGAUUACAUUCGCGUCGACCGGUCCAAGUGGGUGCAAAAGUGGCCCGGCAUGUGCGUGCUAAACGCGAGUCAAAUGCACUGGACGCGCGAAAUGGAAGAAGCCAUGGACCAGUUCGGCGCGGAAGGCGUCAAGUCGAUGUUGCAGCGACAACUGGGGCAGUUGGCGGACAUGGUCAAGAUGGUCCGUGGUAACCUGGACAAGAUGACUCGCAUCACCAUGGGCGCAUUGACCGUCAUUGACGUGCACGCCCGCGACGUGACAAAGAAACUUGUGGCCAACAACGUUCAAGCAAAGGCAGACUUUUUGUGGAGCUCCCAGCUGAAGUACUUUUGGGACAACGACUUGUUUGCCCAGAUGGUGACGUCCCGACGUCCGUACGGCUACGAAUACUUGGGCAAUUCGUUUCGGCUCGUGAUUACCCCAUUGACGGACAAGUGUUACUUGACCUUGAUGGGGGCGUUGCAAAUGAUCCUGGGCGGCGCGCCGGCGGGCCCGGCCGGAACGGGAAAGACCGAAACAACAAAAGAUCUGGCCAAGGCGCUGGCCAAGCAGUGCGUCGUGUUCAACUGCUCCGAUGGUCUCGACUUCAUUGCCAUGGGCAAAUUCUUCAAAGGCUUGGCAUCGUGUGGGGCUUGGGCGUGUUUCGAUGAAUUCAAUCGUAUUGACAUCGAAGUGCUGUCUGUGGUGGGCCAGCAAGUGAUGACGCUGCAGCUGGGCAUCCGCCGCGGCGAACAGCGCAUUAUCUUUGAGGACUCGGACAUCAAGUUGAGCGAUCAGUUUGGUGUGUUUAUCACGAUGAAUCCCGGGUAUGCCGGUCGAUCCGAGCUGCCCGACAGUUUAGCAGCUCUUUUCCGCCCCGUUGCCAUGAUGGUGCCCGAUUACGCCUUGAUCGGGGAAAUCAUGUUUUUCGCGUACGGCUUUGCCGACGCGCACGCCCUUGGCGCAAAGAUGGUCACGACUUUCAAGCUGUGCUCGGAGCAACUGUCGUCGCAAAGCCACUAUGACUACGGGAUGCGGGCCGUGAAAACCGUGAUUACUGCCGCGGGAAACCUGAAACGAUCCGACCCAGACAUGGACGAGGACGUGCUUCUCCUCCGCGCAUUGCAAGAUGUAAAUUUGCCCAAAUUCUUGGCCCACGACAUCCCGUUGUUCAACGGGAUCAUAUCGGACUUGUUCUUGGGCAAAUGCCGGCCAGUCAUUGAUCUGGGGGCGCUCAUUUCGGUGAUCAAGCUCAAGACACAGCACAUGGGGCUCCAACCCGUGCCGUACUUCUUGACCAAGUGCAUUCAGCUUUAUGAAACAAUUGUGGUGCGCCAUGGUCUGAUGGUAGUGGGAGCCACCGGCGGGGGCAAGUCGGCCAACAUCGAAGUCUUGGCCGAAGCGCUGGGCGAGCUCAAGAGUCGUGGGGAGACUGGCUUUGCGUACGAAAACGUGAUCAAGUACCAGCUCAACCCGAAAUCGAUUACGAUGGGCCAGCUCUACGGCGAGUUCGAUGCCAACACGCACGAGUGGCAAGAUGGCAUUUUGAGCACGCUGUACCGUGUCGCAGCGUCGUGCACCAAGCCAGAUCGCAAGUGGAUCAUUUUUGACGGGCCCGUCGACGCCAUUUGGAUUGAAAACAUGAACACUGUCUUGGAUGACAACAAAAAACUCUGUUUGAACUCGGGCGAAAUGCUGCAAAUGAGCUACCAGAUGACCAUGAUGUUUGAAGUGGAAGACCUGUCCGUGGCGUCGCCGGCGACUGUGAGCCGUACCGGAAUGGUGUACAUGGAACCGAGCACGUUGGGCCUCCAGCCUUUGGUCACGAGCUGGCUAGAAAAGUUCCCCAACUCCCUCCAGCCAUUCGCGAUUCAUUUCUUGAAGCUGUUCGACGUGUACUUGUACUCGACCGUCGCAUUCAUGCGAUCGUUUCUCGUGGAGCUCGUCCCGACGAUCGACAACAAUUUAUGCCAGAGCCUCAUCAGCAUUCUCAACUGUUUCUUGUCGCCGUAUCUCGCGGCCGAGCCAGCUACGCCGGAUGCAACGUUCAAGCAAGACAUCGAGCCCAUCUUCGUGUUUGCCCUGGUCUGGUCCGUUGGCGCCACGACCAACGACAGCGGCCGCAGUCGGUUUGACGCGUUCCUGCGGUUGCAAAUGCUGAGCAACAACAUGAAUCCAGUCGUCCCGCCGAAAGGACUUGUGUACGACUACUCGUAUUCGAUGAAAGAGCACAAGUGGAUCUCGUGGAUGGACACGAUCGCUCCGUACCGAGUGCCAGCUCAAAUUUCGUUUGCCGAAAUAGUCGUGCCAACGUCGGACAGCGUGCGCAACACGUUUCUUCUGGAACAACUCAUCAAGAUCGAGAAGCAUGUUCUCAUGGUCGGCGCGACCGGGACGGGAAAAACUGUCAACAUUUCUCGAUUCCUCGCGUCGCUCAACGCAGACUACAUGCCCAUUGCCAUGACAUUCAGCGCCCAAACAAGCGCCAACCAGACUCAAGAUUUGUUGGACAGCAAGAUGGAGAAGCGUCGAAAAGGCGUGUUUGGUCCGCCCGCCGGGAAGAAAUUUGUCGUAUACGUGGACGACUUGAACAUGCCCAAGCGCGAAAAGUACUUUGCGCAGCCGCCGCUCGAGUUGAUUCGGCAGUGGUUUGACCAAGGCGGGUGGUACGACCGAAAGCUACUGCAGUUUCGAAGCAUCAUUGACGUGUUGUACGUGGCGUCGAUGGGCCCUCCUGGUGGUGGCCGAAAUCCCAUCACGAUGCGCUUGUUGCGGCAUUUCAACGUCGUGUGCUACGCCGAACUCAACGAUGAGAACAAGGCGAUCAUUUUCAGUACGAUCUUGUCGAGCUUCCUCGCGUCGUUCGUGCCGGAAGUGCAAAAGCUCGACAAGGACUGUGUCCAAGCGUCGAUUCACGUGUACAACACGAUAUGCCAAGAACUGCUCCCGACACCCGCCAAGAGCCACUACACGUUCAACCUACGUGAUUUGGCCAAGAUUUUCCAAGGAUGCUUGAUGUGCGACUCGCGCAAAGUCCAAGACGGGCACGGCUUCAUGCGGCUGUGGGUGCACGAAUGCAAACGCGUAUUUGAGGAUCGCAUGGUGUCCCACGACGACCACCAGUGGUUUGCCAAUCUGUUGCGGGCCACAAGCCUCACGUUUUUCAAAACGGACUACAACGAGAUCGUCAAGACGCCGUACUUGAUGUACGGCGACUACUUGGUGCCGGGUGCUGACCCCAAGAUCUACGAAGAAGUCGUGGACGUCACCAAGUUGCUGCCGAUCAUUGAGGAGUAUUUGAUGGAACACAACGCGGAGAGCAAGACGCCGAUGCCGUUGGUGUUGUUUAUCGACGCUGUCGAACAUGUAUCUCGCAUCUCACGCAUCAUUCGCCAGCCUUUGGGCAACGCGCUCUUGCUUGGUGUAGGUGGCAGCGGUCGUCAGAGCCUGACCAAGCUCGCUACAUUUAUGGCUGGAUACAAAUGCUUCCAAGUCGAAAUCGUCAAGGGAUAUGGCAUGGUGGAAUGGCGCGACGACGUCAAGAAGUGCCUGCUCAUGGCGGGCUUGAAAGACAGCCCAGUGGUGUUUUUGUUUUCCGAUGUCCAAGUCGUGAAUGAAACGAUGCUGGAGGAUCUCAACGGCGUCCUCAACUCGGGGUCCGUCCCCAACUUGUACGGCCCCGAGGACAUGGACCAAAUCGUGAACGCGUGCAAGAUCGACUGUCAAAAGAAGCAAAUCCCCCCGACAAAAACCAACAUCUUUUCGCAGUACAUUGUCCGCGUCCGGCGCAACAUCCAUCUUGUGAUUUGCAUGAGCCCGAUCGGAAAUGCAUUUCGCGAUCGAUUGCGAAUGUUUCCAUCGCUUGUCAACUGCUGCACGAUCGACUGGUUCAGCGAGUGGCCCGCGGAAGCCCUCAACUCGGUCGCGACGGCCAUCCUGAGCGACGGCAAUUUGAAAUUAGGCAACGCCGACCAGAUGCAGCAUCUCGUGGAAGUGAUCAAGUCGAUCCACCAGAGUGUCGAGGUCAAGUCGAAGGAGUAUUUUUCGAUCAUGCGGCGGUACUUUUACGUGACCCCCACGAGCUAUCUCGAACUUCUCUCGACUUUCAAAACCGUGCUCGUGUCGAAACGGGAAGAAGUCAACACGAUGAAGUUCCGUCUGCAAAACGGUGUGGACAAACUGAGCGAGACCAAGGUGAUUGUCGCAACGAUGCAAAACGACCUGGUCGAGUUGCAACCCGUGCUUGCCGCGACCCAAAUCGAAGUCGAACAAAUGAUGGUGCAAAUCACGAAAGAUCGUGCCGAUGCAGACGUGACCAAAGCUGUCGUGGAAAAGGAGGAAGCGAACGCAUCGACCAAGGCCCGUGCGACCAAAGAAAUCGCCGACUCGGCCCAGCGCGACCUGGACGAGGCGCUGCCGGCCCUCGACGCCGCUGUCGCAUGCUUGAACAAGCUCAAAAAGUCCGACAUCGACGAAGUCAAGUCGCUCAAAACACCCCCAAGCGGUGUCAAGUUGACCAUGGAAGUGGUCUGCCUCCUCUUCCAGCACAAACCGACAAUGAAAGCCGAUCCAGACAAGCCCGGCAAGAAAAUCGCCGAUUACUGGGACGUUGCACAGAAGGUUGUGCUGGCGAACGCCAACAAGUUUCUCGAGUCUCUGUUUACGUUUGACAAAGAUAAUAUCCCCGACGCCACCAUUGUCAAAGUCCAGCCAUACAUUGACGAUCCAAACUUUACGCCUGAAAUGAUUGAGAAGUCGUCGAAAGCGUGUACGGCCAUCUGCAUGUGGGCUCGAGCUAUGUACACGUACCAUUUUGUCGCCAAGUCAGUCGAGCCGAAGAAGAAAGCGCUGGCGGAAGCACAGACCGAAUUGGAUGCUACCAUGGAAAUCCUGCGCGGGGCUCAAGCAGGGUUGAAGCAAGUCACCGAUCGCUUGGCCGAACUCGAACGGAGCUACAACGCCGCGAUCACCAAGAAGGAAGAACUCGCAGCCAAAGUCAUUCAGUGCCAAGUGCAGCUGGCCAAUGCAGACAAACUCAUUGGCGGUCUCGGAGGUGAAGAAACACGAUGGAAGGCGACUGUCGCGCAACUGAACGAAGACUACAACAACCUCACAGGCGACGUGCUCGUUAGUGCCGGCACAAUCAGUUAUCAGGGCGCGUUCACCGCCGAAUUCCGAGAAUCGCUUGUAACGAGCUGGCACGGUGCGCUCCAAGAGCACUCGGUGCCCCAUUCGAGAGGCUGCGACAUUGUCGUCACGUUGCAAGAUCCCGUGAAGCUUCGCACGUGGCAAAUUGCCGGGCUGCCAACCGACUCGGUGUCGACGCAGAAUGGCAUCAUCAUUUCCCGAGCGCGAAGGUGGCCUCUCAUGAUCGAUCCACAAGGUCAGGCAAACCGAUUUGUAAAGAACCUCGGGAAGGAAAAAGCCCUGUGUGAAAACGGCAUGGACGUGGUCAAGCAAUCGGACAAGAACUUUUUGCGCGCCCUCGAGAACGGAAUUCGUUUUGGCAAGUGGGUUGUUCUCGAAAACGUAACGGAAGAACUCGACGCGGCCCUCGAACCCGUCCUGUUGCAGCAAAAAUUCAAGCAAGGUGGGCAGGACGUGAUUCGGCUCGGGGAAAACAUCAUCCCGUACAACGACUGCUUUCGGUUUUACAUGACGACGAAGCUCGCCAACCCACACUAUCCCCCCGAAGUGUGCGUGAAGGUUAGCUUGCUCAACUUUACGAUCACGAUGAAAGGUCUUGAGGAGCAGCUCCUGAACGUCGUCGUGCAAAAAGAAAUGCCCGAGCUCGCGGAGAAGAAGAACGAGCUCGUGUUGUCCAAUGCGGAGUCGAAAAAACAAUUGUACGACAUUGAGAACCAGAUCCUGUACUUGCUGUCGCAUUCGCAAGGCAACAUCUUGGACGACACAAACCUGAUCGAGACGCUUGCGUCGUCCAAGCAAACGUCGGCGAUUGUCGUCGAAAAGAUGAAGGAAGCCGAAGAAACGGAGAAGGAAAUCGAUGCGCGGAGCAAUGGGUAUCGUCCAGUGGCGUACCGGGCGGCGCUCCUCUUCUUCUGCAUCGCCGAUUUGUCCCGCGUUGAUCCGAUGUAUCAAUAUUCGCUGCCGUGGUUCACCAACAUCUUUGUUCGAGCCAUUCUAGCAGCCAAGCCGUCCAGUGUCCUCGACCAACGCCUCCAAAACCUCAACGACACGUUUACGUACUCGGUGUACAAAAACGUGUGCCGGUCGCUGUUUGAAAAACACAAGCUCCUGUUUUCGUUCUUGCUCACCAUCAAGAUCCUUCAAGGCAGCAACCUCAUCAAUGCGCUCGAGUGGCGGUUCCUGUUGUCCGGCAUGGCCCCCGGCUCGGUCGCUCUCGACAACCCCGCUCCGCAGUGGCUGGAAGGGUACGCGUGGACAGAGCUGUGCCGUCUGUCGUCGUUGCCAGCCUUUGUGGGGUUUGCAGAGUCGUUUGGCGCGCAGAAGGACGCGUAUCGAGCUUUGUUUGACAGCAGUGAGCCGCACAUGGUUCAACUUCCAGGCGGAUGGCAUGACAUGCUGGACGGGUUUCAACGCCUUUGCGUCCUGCGCAGCCUUCGACCAGACAAGAUGAUGCAAGGCAUUCAGAACUUGGUUAUUGAGAAACUUGGCAAGGAAUUCAUUGAACCGCCUCCGUUCGACUUGCAGGAAACGUUUGAGGACUCGACGCCUGUGUCGCCGCUCAUCUUUGUCUUGUCGCAAGGCAGUGACCCGGCCAAGGACUUGCUCACGUUUGCGAUAGCGACCAAAAUGGACUCGAAGCUCAAGAGUAUCGCUCUGGGGCAAGGCCAAGGCGCGCUCGCUGUCCGGUUGAUUGAAAACGCUGUGCUCAAGGGGGAAUGGGUCUUGCUGCAAAACUGCCACUUGGCGCUGUCGUGGAUGCCCGACCUGGAACGCAUUUGCGAAGAGCUCGAUCCUGCGAAACUCCAUGUGGACUUUCGUUUGUGGCUCACGAGCAUGCCCACGCCGGUGUUUCCAACGUCCGUGCUGCAGAAUGGCGUGAAAAUGACCAAGGAAGCGCCCAAAGGCUUGCGUGCGAAUCUCAAAAACACGUACUUCAAGCUGAACGACGACAGCUUGACCAAAACCAACAAACCUGGCGUGUUUCGAAAGCUCUUGUUUGGACUGUGCUUUUACCACGCGAUCGUGUGUGAGCGCAAGCGAUUCGGCGCGUUGGGCUGGAACAUCCCGUACUCGUUCAAUGAAACGGACCUCGACAUUAGUGUCGCUCAGCUCCAAAUGUUCUUGGACACGUACGACCAAGUCCCGUUUGAGGUGCUGCAAGUCAUGACGUCGAUGAUCAACUACGGCGGCCGCAUCACCGACGACAAGGACAUGCGGACAUCCGACGUGAUUCUCAUGACGUAUUUCACCUCCGACAUCUUGACGGACGGAUACAAGUUUUCGUCGAGCGGAAUUUAUUUCUCCAUUCCAUGCAACCCCAAGGCACCGUAUGCGUCGUACGUGGACUACAUCAACUCGCUUCCGAUCAACCCCGAGCCAGAAGUGUUUGGAAUGCACGACAAUGCCAACAUCACGUGUGCGCAAGCCGAGACGUACGACAUGUUUGACAUUAUCCUGAGCCUGCAGCCACGCAUGACUGCCGGAGCGGGCAAGUCCCGAGAAGACACGAUCGCGGACGCGGCGAAAACGAUUGAGACAAGUUUGCCGGCGAAUUUCGAUCUCGAGUUUGUCCAAGUCAAGUACCCUGUCAUGUACACUGAAAGUAUGAAUACGGUGUUGGCGCAAGAAGUCGAGCGCUUCAACAAACUGCUCAGCGUCAUGAAGGAUACGCUCAAGCAAGUCCAGAAGGGCCUCAAGGGUCUCAUUGUGUUGUCGUCCGAGCUUGAGAGCAUGGGCAACAGUUUGUACGAUCAAAAGGUGCCGACGUUGUGGGAAGGCAAGGCAUAUCCGUCGCUCAAACCGCUCACGUCGUGGGUCGCCGACUUGAUUGAACGACUCACGUUUAUUUCCAACUGGAUCGACAAGGGGAUCCCGACCGUGUUUUGGAUCUCGGGCUUCUUUUUUCCCCAAGGGUUUAUGACCGGCAUCAUCCAAAACCACGCGCGUCGACAAAAGCUCCCCAUCGACACACUCAGUUUCAAAUUUAUCAUGUUGCCGCAGGAGCUUGGCGACGUGACCGAGCGACCGGCAGAAGGAUGCUACGUCUACGGACUCUUCCUGGAAGGCGCGAGGUGGAACAAACAAUUGGAGAGCCUCGACGACCCGUUCCCAAAGGAACUGUUUGCAAAGAUGCCGCUGAUGCAUUUACAUCCACAGCAAAAACGAGAGGCUCCAAAGGGCGGCAUCUACCGCUGCCCAGUGUACAAAAUCCUGACCCGGACAGGGACGCUCAGUACAACCGGCCACUCGACCAACUUUGUCAUGUGGAUCGAAAUCCCGUCGAAUCGACCAACCAUUUGGCGGAAUUCCCUCGUCUCGGAAACGAACGCUCAAGUUCUGUUUUGCGAUCAAGAGUACUGGAUCAAGGCCGGAGUUGCGUGCUUCUGCAGUUUGCGAUACUAGAUCGCUUCGUUAUUUCCUCCAUGCAAUUUGCUGUUCCAUGCUCCAGUGAUGGCUCGAACAUGUCGCGUUUACGUGUCGGA